GGGAGCGACCGAGAGAACCCGCGAGACCCCGCGGAUUAUCGCCCAGCUGGGCGCCAGGGCCGCCGCGACCGCCCCUUCUCUGGGGACUUGGCAGAGGAGACCCCCCCUUCGGGAGGGGGCCAGAGGAGCAGGACUUUCGUGCUCAAAAGGUGCUGAAGAGUCCCCUGCCUGCCGAGGCCACCUGAGACCAAGUAGGGCCAUGGCCGGGCAUGGCUGUCUGGGGCUGGGGCUGUUCUUCGGGGUUGUGCUUGCUGUUCCUGUGGGCCCCCAGCCUGCUUCCUCCGUCCCAGGUCCCCCUCUCACCACUUUGACCCCACCACCUCAGAGCGAGGCCUCGAUGCUCUCUCUCAACCUGGGACUUAACUUCAAAUUUCACCUUCGGGGACCGGCUGCUGCCUGGGGGAGCCCUGUUACGGAGACCCAGCCACUCUCUCCUGGGCUGGGCCAGGAGCUGGAGGAAGAGGUGGUCAGAGGACUGAGGACCGACCCCCUUUGGGAGCUGCUGGUGGGCUCCCUCGGGAACUCCCCCCCAGAGUGGGGCUCUGCUGAAGGCAGCCCUACUACUCCCUGGGCCUCCCCGCUGCCUCUGGAGUCCACAUCUCCCCUCUCUGAGCCCAGCGACAGGCCUACUGCUCCCUUCCGGCCCAGGAUGGGCACUGUGACCUGGGAUACUGCUCUGACAGCCACAGCACCUUCAUCCAGUGCCCCCAGGCCCCACCAGACUGAGCUGGAACUGAAGUUUGACAUGGCGCUGAGAGCAGGCGCCGCCCCCACACUGGGGCACCGCACGUUGCCCCUGCUGCCCAGUCUGCGGGCCAGCCUGGCAGAGAUCGCCGGACGCCUGGGGCCCUUCGGGUUCUUUGGCACCACUCUGUCCCCACUCCGGAACUUCUCAGGUGCGAGCCCCCCAGACCCCACUACAUCCCCAAGCUCUGCCUCCAGAGUCUCGGAUUCUCCAGGGUUCUUUGGUACCACUCUGUCCCUGCCCUCAUCCUUCCCGGAGACAAAGCUCCCAGGCCCAGGCCCACUAGACCCAACUGCUUCCCUAAGCUCUGCCUCUGUUGCAACAGCAUCACUAGACGCCACCGUCCCCUCUUCUGGCCCAGAUGACCCCUCUCCUGCCAGCCUCGGGAACCCUUCUGUGCAGCCAGAAUGUGGGCCAGGGUCCUGCAGCGCCGGAGAAUUGCCUGAACACAAGGGACAGCCUCCUGCGGCCCCGCUGCCCCUCUUUUUCCUCACCUUGGAGGCCGACUGGGCAGAGGCCAGGGCUCGCUGGGGGUUGGCCUGGGAGGCCCAUGUGUACGGGGUAGGCGCCCUCUUCGGUCUGGUGGCCUUGCUGGCGCUGCUGGCUCUGGCCCUCUUGCCCUGGCGCUGCCCGCCUGGCGCCCCCUGCCUGGCGCUGCUGGACGUGCUUCUGCUCUCCGCCGGGACCACGCGGGCUUUUCCGCUUUUCUACGACGCCUAUGGGCAUCGCGACCGGCUGCCGGCGCUCGCCUGGCUGCUACUGCAGGACCUUCCGCUGCCCUGCCUGGCAGCCGGCCUGGGCCUGGCCUGCCUGCUGCUGGCCCGGCCUCGCCCGCCACGGUGUCCCGCAGGCCUGGCCGCGCUGCUGCUCCUGGGUCUGGCGCUGGCGGCCGCCGCUGCCCUCGGGAGCGCCGCCCACCGCCGGCUGAGGCCUUUGCGGCUUGCCUCCCGCGGGCUGCACGCCUUCCUCGCUGCCCUCCUGUCCGGGCUCCUCCUGGCGCUCUCCUGCUGGAGGGGUCGGCGGCGACGAGCCGGAGCGCCCCUGGGAGGGUCUGGCUUCAAGGGGGCCACCCCACUCCCGCAGGCGCGCAGCCCCUUCGCCCCGCGCGAUUCCUGGCGGCGCGCAGCGCGCACGGCCCCGGUGGCUGGAACCUUCGGGCUCCUGAGCGGAGCCUUGCAGGGCUACGAGGUGCUGCACGCCCUGGGUUACGGCGGCCAGCCUGGCCUGGAGGGGCCCUGGCCCUGGUGGGCCUUCCAACUAGGCCUGCGUCUGGGCGAGGUGGGCGUCGCGCUCCCGUUGGCUCUGCUGGGCCUCUACCCUGCGCUCUGCAGCCGCCGCGUCCCGCCGCGCUGCUGGGCCAAACUCUUCCGCUUGUCUCCGGGCCACGCGGCUCCGCUGCUGCCUGGACGCUGGGUCACCGGGCCCCCAGACAAGGAGCCUCUGGGUAGCGCCAUCGCGCGGGGCGACGCAGAGCUGCUGCAGCUGUGCGCCUUGGCAGGGCCUGGCCCCGACCUCCUUCUCCAGGGUGGCGCCUGCCGGGGCCUCGACGAGGCAGCGGCCAAUCCUGCUCCUUCCCCGGCCUCCUCCCCCUGCAGCGACUACACAGUGGACUUCCGCCCGCCCUCCCCAAUCAAUCUGAGGCGCAGCAUCGAGGAGGCCCUGUGCAGCGAGGCCUUGCUCACGCCGGGCCUCUUUCAGGGCCCUGCUUUCAAAGAAGCCCUGCCUGGGCUCAGCCUCUACGGCACCGCCUCGCUGGGGGCAAAGACCGAGGCUGUGCUCAGUGGGAAGUCGGAGGAGGCCCCCAACACCCUCGCGCCCCUGGAGCUUCCCUCUCCCGGGGCCUGGCCCGCGGGCAGUAGCGCAUCAUCCAGCUCCCUCUGCGGACUCUCCCGGGACAGCUCGUCCAUGCUGCUAUGCUCCAGCCCAGACAGGCCCCCGCGCUGUCCGCUGGUCUGCGUCCUCAGUCCCCCGCGGCCCUCAGGAAGUAGCCCUAGCCUCCCAGCCUCAGGAUCCUACCAGGCCCUGUCCCCACCCUCUCGCGACUCCCCAGAGCCUGCCUCUGAGCUGCAGGGCGAAGAGGCCUCGCUGCAGGAGCAAUUCCUGGACGCCUGCCGACAGAUCGACGAGCUGAGCACGGGCAGCGACACCAUAGACCUGUGAGGAGGAAGCCCCUCCGCGCCUGCUCCUCUGAGACCUGCACACUGUAACCCUUCCCCGGUCUUGCCUGGUUCAGAUACCUCUCCCUGUCUCCUUCCGGGUCCGGGGGCUCCUGGGUGGGUGUUUUAGCAGCCAGGCUCUGUUGAUUGGGAAUUAGUGCCACCUUCUCUGGAGCCCUGGGUGCUGAUGCCCUCAGCUACAGUUCUAGGCUGGCAGGGGUCCCUCUUUCCUUGGCAUUCACCAGCAAUAAAGCUCCAAGGUGCUCCACUCCUGACCACCACUCCCCACUCUGGUGCUGAGUGAGAGGAGCUAUCCUCAGAAGACCUCGAGAUGGCCCUCAGUCCCCAUACCCACCUCUGCCGUGCCCAGGAAUCCCAUCCCUGAGGGAGUGAGACUUCCUGUUCUCCACAUGACCCUUCCCGACAGAAGGGUCCAUGGCAGAUCUAGGAGACA